AGCGCAGCUGCCGGCCAGCCGCUGGCCUCCGCUGCGGGAUGCUGCGCUCCACGUCCACCGUCACCCUGCUCUCGGGCGGCGGCGGCAGGGCGCCCGGGGCGCCCAGCAGGAGGGCAAACGUCUGCAGACUACGGCUGACUGUACCCCCCGAGAGCCCAGCCCCAGAGCCAGGUGAAAAGAAGGUCGAAAGAAAAGAAAAACCUCCUGAUCUAAGCAAUGGAGAACCAACCAGGAAACUUCCCCAGGGUGUGGUCUACGGCGUGGUGCGGAGAUCAGAUCCCAACGAGCAGAAAGAAAUGGUGGUGUAUGGGUGGUCCACCAACCAGCUGAAAGAAGAGAUGAACUACAUCAAAGACGUGAGAGCCACUUUGGAAAAAGUAAGGAAGCGAAUGUAUGGAGACUACGAUGAAAUGAGACGGAAGAUUCGGCAGCUCACCCGGGAACUGUCAGUUUCACAGGCUCAGCACGAGUAUCUGGAGAAUCACAUCCAGACACAGUCGUCAGCUCUGGACAGUUUCAAUGCUGUGAACUCAGCCUUAGCGUCGGACUCCAUCAGCCUGCAGAAAACCCUCGUGGAUGUUACUUUGGAAAAUAGCAACAUUAAGGAUCAGAUCAGAAAUCUGCAGCAGACCUAUGAAGCAUCCAUGGACAAACUGCGGGAAAAGCAGAGGCAGUUGGAGGUAGCUCAAGUUGAAAACCAGCUGCUGAAAAUGAAGGUGGAAGCCUCCCAGGAAGCCAACGCCGAGGUGAUGCGAGAGAUGACCAAGAAGCUGUACAGCCAGUACGAGGAGAAGCUGCUGGAGGAGCAGCGCAGGCACAGUGCGGAGAAGGAGGCGCUGCUGGAAGAAGCCAAUAGUUUUCUGAAAGCUAUUGAAGAAGCCAAUAAAAAGAUGGAGGCGGCGGAGAUGAGCCUGGAGGAGAAGGACCAGAGGAUCGGAGAGCUGGACAGGCUGAUCGAGCGCAUGGAAAAGGAACGCCAUCAACUGCAGCUACAGCUCCUGGAGCAUGAAACCGAAAUGUCAGGGGAGAUCACUGGUUCUGACAAGGAGAGGUAUCAGCAGCUGGAGGAGGCGUCCGCCAGCCUCCGGGAGCGGAUCAGACACCUAGACGACAUGGUGCACUGCCAGCAGAAGAAAGUCAAGCAGAUGGUUGAGGAGAUUGAAUCAUUAAAGAAAAAGGUGCAGCAGAAACAGCUUUUAAUAUUGCAGCUUUUAGAAAAGAUAUCUUUCUUAGAAGGAGAGAAUAAUGAACUCCAAAGCAGGUUGGACUAUUUGAUAGAAACCCAGCCGAAGCCUGAAGUGGAAACCAGAGAGAUUGGAGUAGGCUGUGAUCUACCCAGCCCAACAGGGAGGACUCGUGAGAUCGCAGUGCCUUCCAGGAACUAUACUCCAUACACACGAGUCCUGGAGUUAAGCCUGAAGAAGACUUUGACUUAGGUACUUGGAGACUGCCGCUUUGGACAGAUGGACAAAGGCCCCAGAACCCUGAGGCUUGAAGUCUGGAAAGGUGGCUGCCACUUCAUCCUGUACAAGUUUAAGCCAGAAAGGAGAUUGCUUACUCUGAUCUACUUCUAAAACAUGAAGGAAAGUAGAGGUGGGAGGGGAGGGCAGGAGAGAGAAGUUUUGAGGUCAUAUUUCAAACACCCAACCAUGCUAUACUGGGCCGUCAUUAGCUUUCUGAGUAGACACUGAAUUUCUAUCAGGAGAAUUCCCUCACAAUUUAUUUUCUGUUUUGCCAGCCUUCAGUUAGGAGGAAAAAGGGCAUUCAUUUGAAAUUUCACAUUAUUCAUGUCAGGAUCAUUUGUUACAGCAUGAAGGUUUUAUUUACCCGUAAAAGUAUUAGAGGCAGUGUUUCUCUGGUGCCAAGCAGCCUGUCUACCGGAGCGGGGCACCUGGGGAGCCCCGGCCGGGGAAGGAAGGCCCCCAGCACGUAGAUGCUCUCUGCUUGGUGCCCCGGAUGGGGGUGGGGUUGUGGGAACCACGGCUGGAGACUGGCCUGCUGCGGGCAUGGGUGCCUCAUUCCGAUGUGCUAAGCCCUUGGGUUAAUUUGUGCCUUAUGUCUCUAUGGGGCUCACUGAAAUCAAUGUAUUUAUUUCACCUAUGAUUUUUUCUUCAUUUUACCAGAAUUUUGUAUGUUGUGGAAAUGUAAUCAUUUCAUGUUUUCAGUAUCAACUGUUUUUGUUCAAUGAAUAAUUCGCUCAUGCAUGCUCUACUUUGACAUUACGACCUGUGUCACAUAUGUUUAAUAAAUGCCGUAUAUUUUGUUCUA